CAGCAGGAUCUUGCCGGAUCACUGGUGUAAGCUUCUGUUCCGGAAGAACUGCUUUUGCCUGUCUCCAUCUCCCCAGGAACAGCUGAAGGGGGGUGCAGAGUGAUAAAAAUUUAUGUUCUCAUCAAACCGGGCCAAGGAGAAUGGGGGUCCCACACUCAAAAGAAUGAAGACACGACAGAACAAGGACUCAAUGUCAAUGCGGAGUGGACGGAAGAAAGAGACUCCAGGGCCCCGAGAGGAGCUCAGGUCACGGGGUCGAGCUUCCCCUGGGGGCGUCAGCACCUCCAGCAGCGAUGGCAAAGCUGAGAAGUCCCGACAAGCAACAAAGAAAGGCCGAGUGGAGGAAUCCUGCACCCCCAAGGUCAGCAAGCAGGGCCGAGCAGAAGAGAUUUCAGAGAGUGAAGGGGAGGACAGCAAUGCUCCCAAAAAAACCAAAACUGAGGAGUUGCCCUGCCCUCCAUCUCCAUCCGAUGUUGACAGUCUUGAUGGCCACAGCUUCAACGAUGAGAUGAGCAGUGACCCACGGGACAUUGACCAGGAUAACAGGAGCACCUCACCCAGCGUCUAUAGCCCUGGCAGCGUGGAGAAUGACUCCGACUCCUCCUCUGUGCUGUCCCAGGGGCCAUCUCACUCCUACCACCACCCUCCACUCUUCCCCCAGAGCCCACCUGUAGCUCCACCUCCCGACAGCCUGGCCCGUCCACCCGAGCCCAGCUUUGGGCUCCCGGGCGAA